GCUGUCAGAUUCACAAAAAGACACAUUCAAACUGGAAUUAGUGUAUUUACCUGUUUCGAGUUUGUUUGGUUUUCUGCACCAUUACCUUUCUUUUUAAUAAAGCCCUGCAGUCUGUGGAGCCACAGCAGCGACAGUUUCAGUAAAACCUCUAAACCUCUUACAAGUAGAGCUGUGAAAGCAGUGAAACUGGGUCAGAGAUUUUCUCAUGCUUUCUUCUUCCCUUUUCAUGUGCAGCUGUCUGGAGCGGAGAAGCCCCCUGCUGGAGAACCGGAGAACAGCGGCUCUUCAUCGGCUGCAGUCGCAGGAGCUGAAGCUGCAGACGGAGGCAGCAAGGUGGAGAUGGUGUUCUGGCUGCUCUCCAUGCUGGCGAACAGGGACAAGGACGAGAUGUCCCGGACUCUCCUGGCCCUGUCCAGCUCUCAGGACAGCUGCAUCGCCAUGAGGAAGUCCGGCUGUGUCCCAUUGCUGGUUCAGAUCUUGCAUGAAGUUCCCGGUGGAGUUCCUGAUGGAGUUCCCGGCGAGACGGCAGGCGGCACCGCCUCAACCGGCUGCAACCGAGACACCAAAUCCAGAGCGAGCGCCGCCCUGCACAACAUCAUCUUCUCACAGCAGGACGAAGGCCAGGCCCACCGGGAGAUGAAGGUCCUGCACAUGCUGGAGCAGAUCCGGACCUACUGCGACAGCGGCUGGGACUGGCUCGAGAGUCAUGCCGUGACGCCUUCACCUGGAGGCACCAAAACGUCUGAUAUUCCUGAACCUGUGGACCCUCAGAUCUGUCAGGCCAUGUGUGCCAUCAUGAAGAUGUCCUUUGAAGAAGAGUACAGACGCGCCAUGAAUGAAUUAGGUUGUCUUCAGGUGGUGGCAGAUCUCAUCCACCUCGAGCAGGAAAUGUAUGGCAUGCAGAACGACCCCAUCAACAUGGCUCUGCGCCGCUACGCUGGGAUGGGCCUCACCAACCUCACCUUUGGUGACGUCGUCAAUAAGGCCACCCUGUGUUCGAGGAAGAGCUGCCUCCAGGCUCUGGUGGCCCAGCUGUCCUCAGACAGCGAGGAGCUUCAUCAGGUGGUCUCCAGCGUCAUGAGGAACCUGUCCUGGAGGGCCGACAUCAGCACCAAGAGAGUUCUGAGAGACAUCAGCUGUGUGUCUGCACUCAUGACCUGUGCCCUGCAGGCAACCAAGGAGUCAACUCUGAAGAGUGUCCUCAGUGCUUUGUGGAACCUGUCAGCCCACAACAUUGAUAACAAAGUGGCGAUCUGUUCCGUCGACGGAUCUCUGGGUUUCCUGGUCAGCACGCUGACAUACCGCUGUCAGACCAACUCGCUCGCCAUCAUCGAAAGUGGAGGGGGAAUUCUCCGAAAUGUGUCGAGUCUGAUCGCCACACGAGAGGACUACAGGCAAAUCCUGCGGGACCACAACUGUCUCCAGACUCUUCUGGCGCACCUGCGCUCUCACAGCUUGACCAUAGUGAGCAAUGCCUGCGGGACUCUCUGGAACCUUUCAGCCAGGAGUCCCAAAGACCAGGAGCUGCUGUGGGAUCUUGGGGCGGUUAGCAUGCUGCGCAACCUCAUCCACUCUAAGCACAAGAUGAUCGCCAUGGGCAGCGCUGCAGCUUUGAGGAACCUCCUCACCAAUCGACCUUUGAAAUACAAAGACACUGCAGUGCUAUCCCCUGGCUCUUGCGUGCCCUCCCUCUAUAUGAGGAAACAGAAAGCUUUUGAGGCUGAGCUGAAUGCCAAACACCUCGCUGAGACCUUUGAUACUCUUGAGAAACAGAGUUCCAAGCAUUUGAGCUUCAACAAACCUCUUAGGCACAUUGAAAGUCUGGCGAAGGAUUAUGCCUCUGAUUCUGGUUGCUUUGAUGAUGAUGAAGCCCCCAAUAACUCCAACAGUUUGGACACUGGUAGCUUCUCUUUGCUGCCAGUGUAUCUCACCAACUCCAACUUUGUUCAAAAUCAGCCCCAUAGGAGGGAUAAUGAACCUGAGAGAGAUAUAGACUUGCCUCAGAUGGUUGAGAAGAAACAUGCUCCUCCUGAUGACGUGGUCUCUGCUGCAGCAGAGAAACUAGCAAAGAAGAUUACCAACACAGUGGCAAAAAUUGACAGACUCGUGGAUGACAUCACCAUGCACACUUCCUCUGAGGACAGUUUUAGCCUCAGCUCUGAGGACCACCUGGCAGACUGGCCUUAUGGACAGGAUGAGCUUAACGAAGCCCGAGCAAAUUCAUGCUCCCCCUGCCGGCUGUCCGAUGUGAGCAGCUUAGCCUACAGAGAACGCCUCAGCAGAGCCCAUGCCCUUCUACGUCUCAAAACUGCCCACACAAGUGUGUCAACAGACAGCCUGAACAGUGGCAGCACCAGUGAUGGAUACUGCGGUAGCAAAGACCAGGUGCGGCCUGUUCCAAAGGCUCUAGCAAUCCAACAACAACGACCCAACCAGCUUGACCUCAAAGUGGCUCAUCAGGAACAUCUCAAUGUAGGACAGAGCGUCCUGAAUCAGACUAACCAGCAGGAUAUUCCAGAGAGAGAUUCUGUGGAUAAUAAAGUUAUGGACAAUGUGGAGCUCGGCAACACAGACAUCGACAAGAACCAAGAACAACCAGUACAAACACCUGUCAGUGUGUCCACUAAAAUAUCCUCUGAUGUAAGCAUGACAUCGAUCAAACUUUCUCCUAGUUAUCAACAGGUCCCACUCAUCCAGAGUGUGGCAAAAUUUGGAGUCGCAAAGACGGCCAUCAAUGUUCAGGCCGCCCAAGCGAUGAGGAGGCAAGCAUGGGUACCCACUGUACUGACUGGUGGAAGUAUUACAAAAUUUGCUCCAAUGAAUUCCACCAGAAGUCCAACAGUGGGGACGAUGGAAACGGUCCAGAAAUACUCCGUGGAAAACACUCCAAUCUGCUUCUCACGAUGCAGUUCACUGUCCUCACUCUCUUCUGGUGACGGCGGGCUAGACGGACAGAGUGAGAAUGAGCUGGAGAGUGACUCAUCUUUAGAGAUAAUUGAGGUGGAUGAUGGCGAAGAAGUGAAGAAAGAGCAAGAAGAUGAAACUUUAGAGGAUCUGAGCGACAGUCAGCUGCUGAUGACAGACUCAAAAACCCUCCCCAUCAAAGAGAAAGAUCCCAUUGAGAUAUCUCGUACUCCCAAAAAGGAAAAGGUGUUCCUUAGGGGCGCUUCACCUGCUAUAAAUGAAGACAGAUCUCCAUCAAGCUCCUCUGAGAACUAUAUCCAUGAUACACCCCUAGUCCUAAGCCGCUGUAGCUCUGUGAGUUCACUGGGCAGUUUUGAGUCUCCUUCUAUUGCCAGUUCAAUCCAAAGUGAUCCAUGCAGUGAGAUGAUUGAUGGAACAAUAAGCCCCAGUGAUCUUCCAGACAGCCCAGGACAAACUAUGCCUCCUAGUCGCAGUAAAACCCCCUGUUGUGUCGAGUCGAAUGUACCAGAGACACAGACCACAGGGAUGCCAGGACAGUGGGAAAACAGCCUGCGGAAGUUCAUAGAGAUCACAGAUUCCAAGGAGAGGUUUAACCUUCCCGACCUGGAAACCAUGAUAUAUUUUACAGUUGAGAAACCCACAGAAAAUUUCUCUUGUGCUUCCAGCUUAAGUGCUUUGCCUCUGCAUGAGCACUACAUCCAGAAAGAUGUGGAGUUAAAAUUAACCCCACUACUCCAGCAAAAUGACGAGAAUCUCCCAUACCCCGACGAAGAUGAGGAAGGAUUUGACAAUGGGGAACGAUACAGCGAGGGAAACUCAGAAGAAGACAUAGAAAUUCUGAAGGAAUGCAUCAACUCAGCAAUGCCAUCAAAGUUUAGAAAAGUAAGAUCAACCCUGGUGACUGCCAUUCCCUCCAACGUACUCAACUCCCAGAUCCGAAAACCAAUGCAACUACAAUUUAACAUGCUUCCAAAUGGAAAAACCCAAAUCUGUCCUAGAAGGAGAAAUAUAUACCCACAAAAAGACUUGAAGUUGGACGAUUCUUCCUUCACUGAUUCUGCAGAGGGAACACCUGUUAACUUCUCUAGUACAACAUCUUUAAGUGAUGAAACUCUUCAGUAUCCACUAAAGAACAGGGGGGCUAAAGACUGCACAGCUAAAGGCUUGAGCAAACAGGAAGUGAUGGACAAUGAUGCAAAGAGGAUUGAAGACUUGCGGAUAUUUUCACACUUCCACAAACCACAUGGGGCAGCCUACCCACCGGAGAUCCAAAUGAGCCGAACCACCAAACAUGUCAUUCCCACUCAGAAGUUGCUAAUGCAGAGCAAAGAGGUAGCUGACCGAGUAGCUAGCCUAAAAAAUCGCGAGCGAUCUCCAAAUCAACAGAGGAGGCAACAAGGUCAAGGAUCCUACAGGAAGUUUGACCUGCCAGUUAUAAAACAAAACAAAGAAAGUAACGUCAACUCCAGAACACAGAAAGAAAACAAAAUGUUUCGACAAAUGACACAUUCUUCAGAGGAUAGUAUCGAUUUCUAUGGUGACAACAAUGAAGAAGUAAUCAAACGAACCAGCAGAAAACAGAUGAAGGAGGCAGCUAGAAGCACUCUCUCCCGAAGCAUGACAAACAUAGGCAGGAUAGAUAACUCCCAAGGAAAGCCCAGAGGAUUUCUGAGAUUAAAACAAAAUCUUUUACGGGAUGAAUCCCUGGCAUGUUACUCACUCAGCUCCUCCGUCAGUUCACUCAGUGAUGCUGAAUUUGAGGAACAUAAAGCAAAAGCACAGCAAAUGUGGUACAAAAACAGACACAAUAAAACCCUCAAUAUGGCACAGCAGACAAAGGCUGUUACUUUGCACUGUCAGUAUGAAGAACAAAGCUCACCGAGCUCAGUGAGCAUGGACUCAGAGGAUGACCUCCUCCAGAAGUGCAUAACAUCUGCCAUGCCCAAGCAGAGGCGAAAAAUGGCUGCCAGGAAGAAAAAAACUGAAACUACUCAUAAACAAAAGGACUCUGACAGAUGGGACAUGGAUGAAGAAAUGGAUAGUGACGAUACGGGAUGGGAUAACGAUUCAGACCUCAACAGUGUUGAGUGGAGAGCAAUACAGGAAGGAGCUAACUGUGUUGUCACUGGACUGCAAGCCUCAAAAUCUCAAGAGCCAUCAUCUGAAGAGACAGAGUCAAUUCUGUCUUUCAUGUCUACAUCUAGCUUUACACCUAAAGAAAAGAAAUUUGCAAAAGAUAAAAAGGCUAAUAAGCCUUUAGACUUUGCACAACGCAAGCCAGUUCCCAACUUACCAGUUGUGUUUAGAGGCAGGACAGUGAUCUAUACACCACAGCAAGCGACGGCUCCAUCACAGAGACCUCCUCCCAGAAAAAUGCCAAGCAAGACAGAUGCUCCAAAGAAUCCAAACCUUGCCCAACACAGGUCAAAGAGUCUCCACAGACUCGGCCAGCCCCAGGACGUGGAACUGUCUCUUCCGAAAAGGAGCUCUACUCCACCUCCAAGGAUACCAAAAAGCUCAUCCUCUGGAUCAUCACAGAGCUCCACACCAUCCAAGCAGUCACAAAAGAAAACAGUGUCCCCAACUCAGACAAGUAAACCAAUCCAGAAAAAGACUACCUCGUCAAGUAGCAGCUCACCAGCCAGUAGCCCCCCUGAAAGAAAAGGACGUUCUCCCGUUCUUAAUAAAAAUGAGAAAUCUCCCCCACCAAAAACUCAGAAGUCACCUGUCCGGAUACCUUUUAUGCAGAAUUCAACCCGGCAGCCCCGACCUUUGUCACCACUGGUAACUAACCAAACUUCACCCAAACAAAGUCAUCAGAUUAACGGGAAAAGAGUGUCACCAGCCAAUCGAUUUGACAUGGUUAGGAUGACGUCUGUCCAUUCAAGCAGUGGUGAAUCCGAUCGAAAUGGAUUCCUGAGGCAGCUGACUUUUAUUAAGGAAUCAAGGACACCAUUUAGACGUGAUGGCUCUCCUCACAAUACACCAAGAUCACAAAAUGGAUCCCCUCGAAGGGCAGCUCCUGGAGCUUCAGCUGUCUUCCUGUGCUCAUCACGCUGCCAGGAGCUAAAGCUAGCAGUGCAAGCCCCAAAAAGGGUGCAGGUAAAAGAUCCUGGAAAAGUUCAGCAAGUCCAAAAGCCCAUCCCUGGCCUCCAGAAGCAGACCACAACUUUGUCAAGAGCAACAUCGAGCGAAAGAGAUCUAUCUGCAAGACGUCCAGCUCGUAGAACAAGUUCAGAAAGUCCUUGCAGGGUAGCCCAGCGAAGUGCAACCGGCAGAAUCGCUGGGGUCAGGCACCAACAAGAACAAGAUACCUUUAAGCGCCAUGCUUCAUCACCAAGCAUAAAUAUACUGAGUCGUGUUACCAGCCGUUCUUCACUACGUUCAUCGUCCUCUGAUUCAAGUGGAAGAGCAAAAAGCGAGGAUGACACAAAGAAGAAAGGGCAGAGAUCCACAUCACGGCGUAAUACUGGAGUUACUUGGAGGAGAAUCAGGGAUGAAGAUGUACCUCAGAUAUUGAAAAGCACGCUGCCCGCCAAUGCGUUACCACUGGUGCCUUCUCCUGAUGGGGAAAAACCAAAAUUACCCGCGCUACCAGGAAAACUGCCAACAAUAGUACUUGCAUCUCGCAAGACAACAGACGCAACAGUCCAGACAGAAGAUUUAUCCAAUGACAAGACUAACUCAAGUACUUCUCCAACAGCUGAAACAGCUCCAGUGAUCUCUGAGGAAGAGGCCAGACUGGCUCUCCUUAGAAAAUUUACUGCUGCCUCUGGGAGUAGCCAUCAGGAUGCAGAUUCAGAUGGCUCACUGAAGAGCCUCAGUACUACCGGAACAUCAGACAGCCAUGUUGGUGGAGUUGUCACUUUCCGCCAGGGAUCCCGGAGCAAGGCUGCCAGAGUCACUCCAUUUAAUUACACCCCCAGCCCCAUGGCCUGCUGCCUGGAAGACCCGCAAAGCCAGACAGCAACAAUGACUGAAAAGGCUGGGGGGAAAAUUGAGCUGUAGAGUAUUUGGUGGAUACCAAUCAAUGAAUGACUGCAGACUUAAACUCAGCACCCUAUAUGGACACAAGUGUGCUAGUCCUAUACCUCGAAUAUUGACGCUUUCUCCUAUCCCAUUCAUUCCCUUCAAAGUUUUCUCUCUGAACAACUGAUCAGAUCUUCCAUUUGUCAUUGCUAAAAAGUUGGAUGUAUGCAUGGAGACAGAGUGGCCCGAUUUGACCACCAAAAACUUCGUGAUGCCCUUCAGAGAACAUCUAUCCAGGAUAUUGCAUCUUUUUAUACUUUUUUGUAUUUGUAGAUUAAUCAUUGCCUGGUAGAAAUGUAGUCAAAGCAUAAAAGACAAUUAACUGUAUCCCAGCACAUCAAUCACAAACUGUCUCUUGGAAACAAUUGAAUUGAACAACAUUAUGCAACAUUUUCAAGAAACUGCUCGGUCUUGAAGCAACAAAGAUGCUUCAAGACCAUUAGACUUAUGGAAGUCAUUUGUGAUGAGACAUUUCUUCAAAUAAAUGUAUCACUACUUCUAUUUGUAUGCAAGCUGUAUACAGGUGGAUAUUACAAUGCUAUUCUUGUCUUAUUAAUUUGUGGAAUCAACCUUGUAUGCAGGCGACUUAACAUUGCCAUGGUUUUUAGAAACAAUAUAAACUUUAUAAAAGGAGGCAUAGUGCAUUGUGACAGGUUCAAAGCUGAUUGACGAACAAUUACAACUUCUGUUUUUGAGGUAUAACAAAAUCUGUUAAAAAAUAGCUUUUGCCCUAAUAUUUUAGAAUAGGUGCUGGCCUUAUAAAUACAAAGAGUUGCUUUAGCAGUAUUGGCGUACAUUGACCUUAUGUCUUUGUAUUGCACAAUAGCUGUAUUUACCAGUCAUUUCAAAGUCACAUUGCUGCUGGGAUCAACAAUUAACCCUGAAACUCCAAAAUCUGAAUUCUGAUUUCAGUAGCAUGACGUAGAGUAGCCAAUGCACAUCUCAUUAUUUCUGCUUAGACUGGACUUGGAAGAUGGCCAUUUUUAUUCAAAUUAGUUUCCUACCACAAAUGUUCUCAAUGCUCCAACAGUAGUAUCGGUUUCUGUCGCAUUCUUCAGUCCUCUUUCUGAAUUAGUAUUGUACAUAACACAUCAGGUAUACAGAAACCCUCUGGUGAGUGUUAACUGCUGACAGCAUGCUCAUAUAUUCACUGUGUACACACAGAUGUAGACAUUGUUGGUACUGAAUAAUGCCAUGAUGUAAUUCAAAAGGAAGGAUUUUUCAGUCCAAUGCCAUCUGUGUUUUUGUGACACAAAAAUGUGUAACAAUGCAAACUGUGAAUUGGUGAACAACGCAGCCACAUGCAUCUGUUAAUGCAUUGGGAUGUUUGAUUUUGCUGAUAUUCAGGUACUGUUUGCUAUUGAGUGAGUCAAGAAUAUGUUAUCAGUGGUGGUUUGGCUUUAAGCACAGGAGAAGGUACAAAGUUAAGACUGAACAGUAAGCAGAAACCUCUUAGGUUGGACAAUAUCAGACAUUUAAUUUGCCUUUUUUAGUCACCAGCCUCUGAAGUCAAAUGACUACCCCCUCUUGAAAUACUGCUUUCGAGAAAUUGAGAUAACACAAAUGAAAUCAUGUUUGUAUAUCAAAUAACCACUGUGCGUAUACUCUGCUGAGCUCUUUCCCUUGUGCCUGUUCUCCAUCUCACUCUGCAGUGCAUCAAUGCAGAAGCUUAAGUAUUCUACUUCAGGGUUCUCCAACCCAAGUCCUCAAGAGCUACUGUCCUGCAGGUUUUAGAUGGAAGUCUGCUCAAACACACCUGGAUCAAAUGAAUGGCUCACUACCAGACCUUUUCCAAACUUGAUGGCAUGUUUGAAUUGAAUUGAAUUGAAGUAAUUCAAUUAUUUGAAUCCCUUGUGUUGCACCAGGGAUUCAUCCAAAAUCUCCCAAAGGACUAGGGUUGGAGACCUCUGAGCUAGCAUAUUUAGGCUAAUGACUCAUUGGACUAUAUGUUCCCUAGGAUGGACAUUGCCAUAAAUAGGCUUUCAGUUAGCACAGCAAUGCUAGUAACUAGCAUAUUUAGGCUAAUGUCUCACUUACUACACACUCUGAAGGCUAAGCAUUGCCAUAAAUAGGCUUAUGGUUAGCAUACCAACACUAAUGACUUGCCAGUUUGGGCGCACAUUCCACAGUAUUACACAUUCCACAGACUAAAAACAUUUCCAUCAAUAUUAGCAUAUUAAUGCUACAGCUAGCAAAGGAUUCACUGGCCGACACUCUCCCUAGCCUUGACGUUGCCAUGACCAGAUUGCUAAGGCUAAUGAAACAGUGAAAUACACUCUCCUACAUUCUUUGUGUUGUGCAUGGGUAAAAUUCUGGGUGAAAGCGCAAAAUAAUGUGACUGACGUAAUCGUUUCCAAAUGUUUUCAGUUUGUGUUUAUGCGGACAUGAUUAGCGUUGUUUCAAAAAAGUUUCCGUUGUCAGACCUAUGCAUUUUUGUCUUUCCAAAACGCUGUUACCAUUCCACUGUAUUAGAACUACAACUAAUACUUUUCCUCUUUCAUGUGUGCUUGAAGAGGUCGAUGGAGUUAAUCUACAUUAAGGGGCUGUUAUAACAAAACCACUAUGUCAACAAAAAGCCGAAAUGUAACAAAGUAUUUGCGUUUUACUGUCCUGAUGUUGUGUAAAGUGGACGUCAGACUCACAUCAACUUGCAUCACAAUUAGCUGCCAAUUUGUAUUCUGAGGCUGAAACGUACAAAAUCUUCCACAGUUUAGGACACUUAAGCUACAAGUACAUCAUAUAACGGCUGCUGACUUUGCUAUGGUCUAACUUUGUACCUGCUGCAGGUCUUUUGGUGGUCUUCACUGGAGUUCUUUUCUGCAACUCUGUACAUGUUAAUAUCUGCUUAAAUGUGUUGCUGUAAAAGUAGCGAUAGGUGUGAAGAUUAUAAAGACAAUGAAUAUUCUCUGUAGUUGUACUUUUCCUCUUUCAUGUGUGCUUGAAGAGGUCGAUGGAGUUAAUCUACAUUAAGGGGCUGUUAUAACAAAACCACCAUGUUGUACUUCUGUAGCAUUAAUUAAAAAGGCCGUGUAACCUCCUACUUUUAUCCCCAACAGACCUUUAAAGACCUACAGGUUUUGUUAUUCUUAAAUCCUAUCUUAUCAGUGUCAAAAGUCAGCGUUUCUAGAAACAAAAUUGUAGAAAAAAGAAGUAAGAAUGUCUGCAUUACAAUUAUUAUUCUAACAUCACAGGCAAAACAGCGCACACAAGUCUAGUUCUGUAUAAGAAUAAUCUGUUGCCUGCCCUUCAUUUGCAGGUUUAUAAACUAAAUAUCUUCUGCAGAUUGGAAAGGCAUGAAACCCAAGAUAUUCAGUUGUUUUAGCGUAUAUUUUAAACAAUUUCCCGAUAGUAAGAUUGGUUGCCUUAGCAAUUUUAGGAACACAAAUCUGGCUUCUGCUAUUGCUUAAUUUCAGGCCAACAGAAAAAUCCUCAAAAUCUGAAGUAAUUUCCAAGCAACCAAAAUUCACGUAGCUGUAGACUUCAGAGUUAAAUUCACCAGCUGCAGCUAAGCAGCCAGCAUUGAGAAGACAAUAAAGGCUGGAGAAUCAACUCUGUUUGGGUUCUUCUGACCGUCUCGUUCACACCUGGCCAUAGACCAGUUUGUGGCUGAGCUGCAUUAAAUUUCUCGGUCUUCACCUGAACUGGGUCUCAGAAGCAUCACAGUGCCAUGUUAAACAUGCAAAAUAACAGAAGCGUGUUGUUAUAAAUGUCUUCAUUCCAAUAAAAAGUGAUGUGAUUCCUUAAA